AUGCGCCUUCGCUUGGGAUGUGCCAGGACGGCCGCGGCGCUGCUGUGGUGCGCCGCGUUCUGGCUGGGAUUCGCGCAGAUAGCGGGCGAGGACGAGGGGGAAAAGGAGCAAGGCGGAGACGAGGGCGAGGUGGCCGGUCAGGGGUCCUCUGCCACGGCGCUGGGGCAAGUUGACGGCGAGGAGGACGGCGGUGGCGGACGCGGGCUGGCCGAACGCGUGGGAGGGGCUGCGGUCCUAGC